AGCCAGUCGUCUGUGAGGAGAACAAAAGCCAGCAGAGAUCAGCAGUCUGUCGCCACAACCUGUCCGACUCCACCCGAAGUUCAGAGAGCCUGCAGCGGCGGCCCGGCCCGACCCGACCCGACCAGACCCGACCAGACCCGACCCACGGAGACAUGGCGUCAGUCAGAGUGAGGGUGAUGCUGAUGGUGCUGCUCUCCGUCUGCCACCUGCUCCCACACAGCUCCGCAGUGUACUACGAAUGCUGUCGGAAAUACUCAUCGACCAAGAUUGCUUUUGUGAACAUCAGAGGUUACUCGGUCCAGACCAUGACCGAGAUGUGUCCCAUCAACGCCAUCAUUUUCCACACAAAGAGAGGUAGAGUCUGCACCAAUCCAGCGUUGAACUGGGUGAUGGACUACAUCGAUCGCUUGAGGAGAACGGCUCGAAUGGUCCACAUGAGGACCGCCCAGUUCCUCAAGUGAACGCCACACGCCAACAACGCUCGAUUCUUUGUUUGUUUAUUUUGAAAGAGAACGUUGAGCCCAGAAGGAUCCAGUCAUGACUCUCUCCCUUCCUGUUAUCAAAUAACCACAGUAGCUUUAAUAAAAAUGUGAUAAUAAACUGGCUCAGUAAGAGCGCUGUGUUGUAUAGUUUUUCUGUUUUUGCAUAUUUUCAAAAUAUCUUGUUGUGUUUUGUUCAUGUAUCCUAAUAAAAUUUGGGUUUUUUUGUGGUUUGAUAUUGAUGUUUAAUAAAAGAGAAGCUCUG